AAGGUGUCCAUUUUGUAGUGAAAUGUCGAACUUCGGCCGCCGUUUCUUUUUGAAAUUUAGCUUGUAUAAAAUUUAGUUUUGUUUAGAAAGACUGUGUGAGGCACCUUCAAGAAUCAUCAUGAAGUCGAGCAAGAGGUUGCACAAAGGGUCACGACAAGGUCUAAGUGUGUUUUAGAAAAGACAGAGACCAAACGUUGUGUCCCUAUUCAUAAAUUCGCAGUCUGCUCGCAAAGCAGGAAGCUGAAGAGGAAGCUUUCUCCCUACGUUGCGGAUGCAGAUAAGGCGUCCCAGAAGAUGCCGAACUGGUACUACAACAAGAAGGCGCUGCGCAAGACGCCCUCCUUCCUCGACGGCAUCUCGGUGGAGAAGGAGCAGCGCUACCGGCGCGAGGGGGCCCGCUUCAUCAUCAAUGUCGGCACCAAGAUGGGCCUUCGCUACGACACCAUGGCAACGGGCGUGGUGUACUUCCACCGCUUCUACAUGUUCCACUCCUUCAAGACCUUCCCCAGAUUCAUCACGGCAUGCUGCUGCCUCUUCCUAGCCGGGAAGGUGGAGGAGACGCCCAAGAAGUGCAAGGACAUCAUCAAGACUGCACGGUCCUUUCUUACUGAGAAGCAGUACCUGUCCUUUGGAGAAGACCCUAAGGAAGAAGUCAUGACGAUGGAGCGAAUUUUGCUGCAGACGAUAAAGUUUGACCUCCAAGUCAGUCAUCCCUACGGGUUUCUUCUCAAGUACGCCAAGUGUCUCAAAGGGGACAAGGGAAAGCUUCAGAAGAUGGUGCAGAUGGCUUGGACCUUCAUCAAUGACAGCCUGUGCACGACGCUGUGCCUGCAGUGGGAGCCCGAGGUGGUGGCCAUAGCGCUCAUCUACCUGGCGGGCAAGCUGUCCAAGUUCGAGGUGACCGACUGGGUGGGCCGCACCUCGAGGCACUCCCGUUGGUGGGAGGUCUACGUCGAAGACAUCUCCCUGGAGCUGCUCGAAGACAUCUGCCACCAGGUGCUGGACCUGUAUUCGACGCCCAUCCCCAACACGCCCCAGGACUCCCCGCCCGAGUCCCCGGUCCUGGCAGUCAAGUCUGGCAAGCACUCUCUUCCCUCAACGCCACCCAAGUCGCCCGCCACGGCUGCCCUGGUGCCGCCAGCGGAGGUCGGCAGCGCGCCCGGCACUCCGGUGCCCCCCCUCCCGCCGGUGCCGCAGAUGACCGGCAUGCCGAUACCGACCAUCGACAGCUGCAACAAGCUGCCCAUGGUGACCGCGCUGCCCCUGAUGGAUGGGCAGCCGCCCCUGCCACCGCCGCACCACGAGAUGGCGGAGAAGGCGCACCCUCCAGAGGCGUACAGCAGGGGAGGCUACCCUCCACUACCCUCGGCCUACGUCCUGCCCCCGCCGCCUCCGCUCCCGCCGGCAGCGCAGGCGUACUACCGGGCACCACAGGAGUUCCAGGCGUCGCCGUACCACCCACCACCACCCACGAGCUUACCCCCGUACACCGGAGCUGCCGCGGUACUCUCGUAUCCGCCCCCGCCGCCACCGUCUUCGAUGCCUCCGGGAGGCUACCUCCAGCCGCCGCCGCCAAGACAGCAGAAUGCGACGGGGGUGCCAUCUGUGAGGAUUACACGGGUUACCAACUGAGGGUUAGCCUUUCGGUCUUUCGUUCGAGUUGGAUGCGUUGCGGUUGUCCGACCACUACGGUUUUCUAAUUGCAGCGAGCCACUCUUCAUGUGGGCUACGAGGAUGGCCAACGGAGGGGUAGCCUUUCGGUCUUCCGUGCAAACCAAAUAGGUUGCAGUCGUUUGGCUUGGGUUCGUGGAAGCUCUUGAGAAAGGUGCCGUGCUACGCUUUGUGCAGAUUACAUGGAUUACCAACUGAGGGGUAGCGUUUUGGUCUCCGAUGGGAGUCGGGUGUGUUGCGGUGACUCAGUGUCAUAAAAGCUCUCAAUGAAGGUGGCGAGCUACACCUCGUGCGGAUUACAGGGGUGUCUAUUGCAAAGGUGGUCUUUCGGUCCUGGGGGUGACCGCGUGUUGCAGUGUGGGUUCUGUGAACACUUGCACGUGGAGAGCGGCAAACUGCCUCGAAGGUGAUCGUUCUCCACGGCAUAAUUUAGAGGCUCACCUUUCGGUCCAUGGUUGUCCGCGAAUGAUUUGCAGGGUUACCUUCUCUUUUCCCGUGUCCAAGAUGUUUUCGUUGCCGCGCGUGCGCAUGGUCCCGUCAUACGCGCGUUGUUCCUUCGUUUGUGUGCAUGCAAGGUGGGCAGAUGUGUGCAAGCCUGUCAGCUGCCGUGCAGGUUUGUUGACGAAGUAGCAACAAAACUAGUUUAUUUUAUUUGGUCGGCCAAUUUUGUGGGCGGUCUCUGUUGUCGUGCAUUUGAGGUCGCACUCGGUGGUUUCGGCCUAGCCGUACAUGUGCGGUUGGUUCUUCGCGUUGCGCAGGCACGAGCGUUGCCAGUGCGCACGUGGAUUGUGUGUCUGUUGCAGUCGGGUGAAGAAAAAAAAAAAAGGAAGGCAAAGUUCUUCAAAAUAAACCAUGUUUCUUUUAUUUUCAAAA